GCGCUCUCCUGCGCGCCCCAGGGGGGCGGACACAGCUGACACCACGUGAUGUGGUAAAAGGCCAGUCAUACCGGCCUUUUACCACGUGAUCAGCGGUGUCCAAUGACAUGCUGAUCACAGGGAAAUGCAAGUGCCGGGCACUGAUGAUCAGUGCCCUGAUGAUCGGUGCCCAGCAGUGCCACCCACAAGUUCCGCCCACCUGUGCCCAGCAGUGCGCCCACUAGCUCCACCCACCUGUGCCCAGCAGUGCACCCACCUGUGCCCAGCAGUGCACCCACCUGUG